AUGUCGUCCAGAGACGGCUAUUCUUGGACCGACAAGGACGGCUUGAAAGCCGGGGUUCCCUGCAUUGGCGCCAUUCAGCCUCCAUCAAACUUACCAGAGGCGGCAAAAGACACUGUUUACGAUGUUGUCGUUGUAGGCGCCGGAUACUGCGGCUUGACUGCUGCACGAGAUGCAGCUGUUGCAGGGCUCAAGGUCCUUCUCUUGGAGGGACGGGAUCGCAUUGGUGGACGUUCUUGGUCUUCCGAUAUUGGAGGAUAUCCCUUCGAAAUGGGCGGCACCUGGGUUUUCUGGGGACAGCCCAAUGUCUGGCGGGAAAUCAAGCGCUAUGGGAUGGAAGACGAGCUGGAGAUAUCCUACGACUUCUCUAGAGGCGUCAACCAGUAUCAUUUGGUAAACGAACAAGGCACGCAGAAAUUUACACACGAUGAAGAGGUACUAUUACUACCCCCCCCUUGGAACCCCUUUUUGAUGCUCGCUGCUGACUGCCCAUGCAAACAGGAUGCACUGAUGGAGUCGGGUCUGCGCAAGCUUGUCAACGUCGACGGCGCAUACGGAAAGAAAAUCAUGCCCUUCCCUCACACGAGCAAAUUCACUCCAGAAGCCCUCGCCUUGGACAAGUUGUCCGUCGCCGACCGCUUGGCGCAGAUUAAAGACUCGCUCACACCCAACGAGCGUCUUGCCGUCGAAACAUUCGUUCUCCUGUGCAGCGGAGGCACCCUCGAGACGACGAGCUUCUUCGAGAUGAUGCACUGGUGGGCCCUGAGCGCCUACUCGUACGAAGGUUGCAUAGAGCAUCUCGUCAAGUACAAGUUCCACGGCGGCCAGUCCAGCUUCGCGAUCCGCUUCUUCCAGGAGGCGCUCGCCACGGGCAACUUGUCGUACGCCUUCAACUCGCCCGUAGCGGCGGCCAAGAACACUCCUGCCGGCGUACACGUCACGACCCGUGAGGGGAAAGGGUACAAGGCCCAGAGAAUGGUCAGCGCCAUGCCUCUGAACAUCCUCAACAGCAUCGCCUUUGAGCCCCCGCUAUCGGUGGGCAAGAAAUCGGCGGCGGACACGGGCCACGUCAACCAGUGUGUCAAGGUGCACGCUGAAGUCAGGGACCGCGACCUAAGAUCGUAUACGGGCAUCAGCUAUCCUCACAACGGCCUCUUCUAUGCCUUCGGAGACGGCGAGACGCCUUCGGGAAACACCCACAUCGUUGCGUUCGGGGGCCAACACCAGCACUUUGAACCAGACGAAAACAUCGAAAAGACAAAGGAGGCCUUGCAGGGCCUCGUGCCCAUGGACAUUGAGCGCAUCGUUUUCCACAACUGGUCCAAGGACGAAUUCGCCAAAGGAGCUUGGUUCUUCUCCAAGCCAGGGCUCCUCUCUUCACAUCUGGGCGACAUGCGCGCUCGACAGGGCAACAUUUUCUUCGCGAGCUCGGACUGGGCGCUAGGCUGGCGCAGCUUCAUCGACGGGGCCAUCGAAGAGGGAACGCGCGCGGGCCUGGCGGUGCGCAACGACCUUGCGCAAUCGCUUCAGACGCCACUGAAGCCCAAACUGGCAUGA